CAGACACGUCAAACAGAGACUAGCGUUUGGAUGAAUAACAGCCUGGUUCGCCUGGGUCGGCAUGGAUCUGUUCUGAGCGGCGUUUUUCUCCCCCUUUCCUCCAUAUGAGCUGCUGCUGGAUGCUCCUCGCCCUCCCCCCGCCGCACUUGUUGCGCAGAGACUAGAUGCGCCGCUGAGUCCUUGGAGAGGAGAGGCAGGGACGGACUGCAACAGGUGCACACAGAGAAUCUCCCCCUGAAAGACUGCACUGGAGAUAAAACAAAACUUUAAAUGCCGAUCUGAGGAUCUUUUGGCCAUCCUCAGCCUUCACCGCGCGCACACAGCCAGGAUGCCGGUUCUGACGAGCCCCGACAUCGCCAACAAGUUUAAGGAGAAAUGGCUGGCGGUUUACCCGGAGGAUCAGGUCACCGGGUCCGACUCUGUCCCCCUGGACGACAGCCUCACCAGCCUCCACUGGCUCCAGAAUUUCUCCAUCCUCAACGCGGACCCGGAGCGACCCAACGGUGCUGGACCGGGAUGCCCGUCCUCCCAGCAGCACCUCUAUCUCAAGCGUCUCGGCUUUCCUAGAGGUGGCACCGACUCUCCGUCCAGUCCGCCUGCCGGGGACACCGCCGCCACCGGGAUGCCUCCGUACCUCGGGAGCCCCGUUACGUCCGGCAGCGACUCCACCGCGGCACCGUGCUUCGCCAGUUGCGCGCAUCCAGGGAGCGGCUACCCGCAGAUCCCCAUCCAGGCCAGCCCGCCUGUGGAGGUCGACUACAAAACCAACCCCAAAGUCAAACCGCCCUACUCCUACGCUUCUCUCAUCUGCAUGGCCAUGCAGGCCAGCAAACAGCCCAAAGUGACUCUGUCCACCAUCUAUAACUGGAUAACGGAGAAUUUCUGCUACUACAGACACGCGGAGCCCAGCUGGCAGAACUCGAUUCGUCACAACCUGUCCCUCAACAAGUGUUUCAAGAAGGUCCCCAGACAGAAAGACGAGCCAGGGAAGGGGGGCUUUUGGCAAAUUGAUCCACAGUAUGCUGACAUGUUCGUCAAUGGCAUCUUUAAACGCAGGAGGAUGUCUGCUAACCACUACAAUAACAGCAGCAGCAGUGGCACCCAUAGACAGAGCAAACUGGUUCAGGGUUAUCAAAGCACCCAAAAUGGCUUCCCUUACCAAGGGGUGGGUGGCAAACGAAAGCAUCUGCCCUCUAAAAACAACAGCAAGGCGAUGAGGGCGACUGAGUCUCCUCUUUUGGGGACAGAAGCCCACAAAGCAGACAUCCUGAGGGGGGACUUUGACCUGGCGUCCGUGUUCGAUGAUGUCCUCAGCGGGAACUGUAGCACCUUCGAGGAUUUGGACAUCAACACGGCGCUGAGCUCCCUGGGCUGCGAGAUGGAGGUCUCCAUGCAGGGGAGGCAGCACUCGGCGGCCUUGGGGAGGUGGUGCGGAGGAGGGGACAUCAUGGGUCAGAGUCAGCACCUGAACCAUCAUCAGUCCUACGGUUACAUGGAGCUGAGCGCCGCCGCUUCCAUGGACUGCACGGUCAACAUGGGAGAGCUCCACGUGCCGCAGCAGCACCCGCAGCAGCAGCUGGACCAGGAUCAGCUGCUCCAAAGCCACCACCACCACCUGCAGCAGUUCGACGAGGCCUCCUCGCUGUUCUCGGAGCAGCCCGAGGAGACGGUGCUGCAGCCCUGGGAGGUGAUCAAAGAAGAGGCGCAGGCGAUUCCUCUGACUCUGGAUCAGGGCUUUGGCCUGUGCGAGGGCUUCUUCACAGACAUGCAGCCGUGGGAACGAGUGGAGGCCUAUCUGUGACCUUUGACCACAAACCUCAUUGACUCCUAAAUAUUUACACCCAAUGCCUGGAACAUCUCUGAUUACUGGUCCAACUCUAUAUUACCCCCAAAAGGAUAAUCAAUAGGACGGUUAGAACUACAUCCCGGUUCCAUCUGCAUUCCCUCCAAUCAUUCUGCAAUACUCUGCAUUUGUAAUUUAUUUUUUGUAACAUUUACGUGUCCUCUUCAAAGUACAAACCUGAUCAUGUCAAACUUAUCUUGAACUGGAACUGUGAACCCAGCUAAAAAAGACUUUGAUCUGACUAUAAACCCUGUAAGGGAUUAUUUCCUGGCUUAGACUCCCAUUUCUUCAUGAGGGUGUCAGGUGAUUGAUAGGAAGCAGUGUGUAACAUGACACAACACUGAUACAUCAGGCACAAUGAAUGACAAUACAACAGAGAAACUUCUAUAAACCAAAUUAAAGUUUCAUGUGGACUGACUGCAAGGGAUAGAAUGAAUGACAGCAAAUGGUUUCUUCAGAAAGAAGAAGGGGUGAAAAGCUGCCUGUGUGCAGAAAACAGGACAAAUGAUUAUCCUUUAAAGUAUAAAACUAUAACAGCUCAAAUGUCAGGCAGCUGGUAAUAAGAGAAUGUGUUCAAAUGAGUGCUGGAACUGGACUGAACUGCAGCUAUCCGUCUCUCCGGGGUUUUUGAUUUUAAUCGUGACAAUGACAGAAGAAACCCCAAGCACCCUCCUUCAAAGCACUCUCCACAAGCAAGCACUGUCACUACGGGACUGAGAAGACGUGCAGGAUUCUAUUUUGCUACAUUAGCAUUAAAAAAUUUUUUUACUAACAUGCAGUGAAAUCAGCCAUUCAUCUCAGUCUAUGUUGUGUGAUGAUGAGAGGCGAAGCUAUCAGAGCAGGAUGGAGAACUUUAAAUUCAUAGUCUGAGAGAUUAGAAAUCAGUCAUUUAUGACUUUGUUAUAUAGUCAAUUUAAUAUAUAUUCACUAAAGUAUAUAGCAUGAAGCUAGGCAGGAACAUUUGCCGUUUGCUACAAUUAUGUAUUGCAAAGCAAAAACAGGAGCAGGCCUGAAAUCCAUCGCCUUCUUGUCAGUCAUGAAAAUCGAACAUUAUGCACUUUGAUAGGCAGCAGUUUUAGGAAAGCAGAACAGCUUCUUUUUUUUCCAGGAUGUUUAGUUUUAUUUUUUAUUGUAUUAAAAUGAUGUUUUCUAAAGUUUACUGACCAUAAUGAAAGUGAGGCAUAUGCUGUAAUUGUCAAUAUCAGUUUCUUUUUGAACAAUCAACUCCACACCGCAAUAAGUCAACUUUUUUUGUGCUUCAAUGUAGUUUUUUUUUUCUUUCCAAAUAUAUACAAAACUGGGCAUUUGUUGAUUAUAUUACGCCAAAUUUGUUGAUAAAGAAUAUGCAGUUCAUUGGUGUUUCUGUGUUGAUUAAUGACAAAAAAAAGAGAGUUGUGUUUUCUGUCACUGGGUGAUGGAUUUCCCUUUGUCCUUAUUGAUUACUUUGGUGUAUGUCUUUUUUUAUUUGUACGGUUUGUUUUCACAAAUCUGAAUUUCAAAAUGAUUGAGAACCUAAUAACUCUGUUGGUUUGAGGGGACAAAUGAUGAGCAGGUACAUAUAAAUUCAACUCUUAAAGGCCAGAUUUUCUUAUUGUAUCAUAUUGAUCAAGUUUGAUACCAGCUCUUUGAUCUUUCCAUGUUAUUUUCAUUUGUACUUUUUUAAGCUGUUUAAAAAUGCAAUCAUGCCUUGAUGCA